CGUAUUGUUGUUGCUGCUGGUGGAUCCCUGCCUCUGACCGCGAUAAAACUUGAAGAAGAAGAAGAAUCGGUUCAAGAAUAUUGUUUGUCAGCUGACCAGAAAUAACGUUUGCUGUGAAAUCGAUGUCUGUGUCAGUGUAGGCGGUCAGGCAGUCUCCAACAGUGAGCAUCACAGGAGCCGGACCAUUGGACUGAUCUCUAUGGCUUCACAACAAACACAGUCUGUCUUUUCCUUUCUGGACAAGCACAAGUAAACCUAACACUUCCAGUCUUAGUGUUCUUUUACUACCUCAACCUUCCCUUUUCUCUCUUGUCUUUACUUUGUGAGUAUCCUGUAUUUUGUAUGUGACAAUGAAUAGCACAGAGCCUGUGCAGCCCAGUCUCAACUCUUCCUAUGUUCCGACUGCUCUUGGCAACCACCACGUAUCUGAGGAUGAGGACUGCGAAGACCAGAGUCCCUCUGCAUCACUGCUGCCCAAACAGUCCUCAGUGCCUCUGGCCGUGCGCUACAGUCCAGAGGACUCUUACUGUCUGGUGUACAUCAUCUUCUUUCUGAUGGGCAUCGGCUCCCUGCUGCCCUGGAACUUCUUCAUAACAGCCAAACAAUACUGGCUCUACAAACUGAGUAACAACACGCACCACGGCAGCAAUGAGGAGCAACGUUCAGACCUCAGUGACUACUUUGAAAGCUAUCUGGCCAUUGCCUCCACUGUGCCCUCUGUGCUGUGUCUAACACUCAACUAUCUCCUAGUUAACAGGUUUUCGCCAAAUGUGCGGAUUCUGUCUGCUCUUCUUGUCAUCCUGUUGGUGUUUGUGGUGACUACGGUGCUGGUGAAGGUGGACGUGUCAGAGUGCAGGUUGAAGUUCUUCAUUGGCACGCUGGCCAGUGUGGCUGUCGUCAGCGGAGCCUCCAGUGUCUUCUCUGGCAGCAUGUUCGGGAUCAGUGGGCAUUUCCCCAUGAGGAUUUCUCAGGCUCUUAUAUCAGGCCAAGCCAUGGGAGGCACGCUGACUGUAGUAGCAUCGAUAACGGACCUGGCAUUGGCGGGGGAUGUGACAGACAGCGCUCUGGCCUAUUUCCUGACAGCAGACAUCUUCAUCCUGCUGUGCAUCAUCACAUACCUGCUGCUGCCCAAGCUGGCAUAUUCAAGGCACUACAUGCUGGCAGCAACAUGCACCGGUCCAGGAGUGAUGAGCGAGGAGGAAGCAGCAGCAGCAGCAGGGACAGGUAGCAGAGUCUCCAUCCCACCACUGCGGCCUAUCCUCAAGAAGACGUGGGUGCUCGGCCUGAGCGUCUUCUAUGUCUUCUGCGUCUCUAUCAUGGUGUUCCCUGCAGUAUCCUCAGGCAUCCAGUCUGUCCACAAAGACAGUGGCAGUGCCUGGACAACCACUUACUUUGUGCCCCUCACCAGUUUCCUCCUGUACAAUGUAGCAGACUUUUGCGGCAGGCAGGCCACAGCCUGGCUGCAGGUCCCCGGCCCCACCAGCCGAGUCCUGCCUGUACUGGUGCUGUGUCGCUCCGUCAUGGUGCCACUUCUCAUGUUCUGUAACUACCAGCCGAGGGAUCACCUCCACACUGUGUUUUUCACCCAUGACGUGUACCCUGUGGUCUUUAACUGCCUGCUAGGCCUCUCUAACGGCUACCUAGGCACUCUACCAAUGAUAUAUGGCCCUAAGGUGGUACCUCCGGAGCUGGCAGAGGCCACAGGAGUGGUCAUGACCUUCUUCCUCAUUCUGGGACUGGCUGUUGGGUCUGCUUUCUCUGUGCUUAUUGUGCACUGCAUCUGACCAGGCUGUUAAGCAAUAACAGUCAGUUACAGUGGUAUAGUCGAGCUAUACAACACAGACACUAGCUGGACAGUUGGCGGUGUACCCUCUGCUGAUGAACAGAACCUCAAAGUGCACCAGUCGUCUGCCAUGAGGGAAAAGUGCUGAUAAACUUAAUUUCCAUUCUUCACAAAAAGGCCUCAACUCCUUCAUACCUCACAUUAAUGUGUUAUGUUUACAUUGUGGCUCAUGUGUCCGCUGUGACUAGGUCUCUACAUAUUAUCAGGAAGUGGUUGUCCAGUGCAGUCAAUAAGGGACACUCAAACAAUUUUUCCAUUCAUGUUGCAAAAAUAUACAUUCCGUACAAAUUUGGUUCAAUGUUAUGCAGAUGGCAAAGAAGCGCCGCAUCUUAUUGAGGGAUUCCCCCCCCUUUUCAUAGAAACUACAAAUGUACUACAGUACUGCUAACGCCAAAAAAAAAAAAAAAAUUCAGUUGUAUAUUACCUAACAGAAGCAACUUUUUAAAAUCCUUCACAAGGUCAUUAACCUCCUGUACUGAAAUUGAUUAAAGCAAAUGUAUCCUUGGAGAAAUUAGUGUAUAAAUUUAUUGUAGGUUAUCAUUUGGAAAAUGGACAGCAGAUUACAGGCUUAAAACAGUUGUCAUUUAAGUAAGAGUUAAAGAAUAUCAACUUGUUCUUUAAAUGACCUAGACAUGACUGAGGUUACACAAAAUUGUAGAGAUGACCACCAUGACAAGCUUGAUAAACACUGUGCUAAAUUCAAUUUACAGCAAAAAAAAACAAAAAAAUUGAGUGGAUUGGGAUCACUUUUAAUUGUUAAAAAUGUACAGAUCAACUGACAGUUGGCUCAGGGUUUGAAGCAGACAAAUCGAAUUUGAGAUGCUUUCUGUAUGUUAGAAACGCAGUGAUUUACAAACAGUAGGAAGAGUGCAAACACUGGGGAGGUGAGUGGGAGGUACACAAAUAAUUACCUCCAUCAGCUCCUUAAAAACAAGAACAAACUUUCUGUCUACAAAAUAUAAACUUUAUUUUAAGGAUCAGACAUACUGCUAAAAGUAAUGCCAGUCAUUCUUAACACACUGAGAAGUCUCCUGUUUGCAAUCAGUUUCUCCGGGGCCUGAACCCAUCAGAACAACAGCUAUCUGAUGCUGUGUCAACAUUAUACAAACAUCGGAAUUUGUGUUCUAACAUACACCACACCCAGCAAGCAAUAUAAUUAAGUACAA